UUGGGAGAAUCCAGGUGGCUGCAUCACCUUGAGUCCCCUGCUGAGGAGGGCUGGGAGGCAGUAUAAAGCUGCCUGCUGGAGGGUGCUCCUCACACAACUUCUGCCAGCAAGAUGAAGUGCCUCCUGGUCCUCCUCUCCCUCGCUGUCCUUGCAUGGUCGCAAGGGGAAAAUGAAUGUGACUGUGAAGUCGUUUUGAAGUUUCCCAAUAACACCAUCAGCGUUGACGACCUGCCAGUCAACGGUGCCACCGACUGUGACGACCACAGUGGCUGCAUGAAAACUUGUCGCGAUGAGUGGGAUUCAGUCUCAAACGGGGGAGACCUAAACUACAUUCAAAGCAACGGUAAAACUGUGGGCCAGAACCUCUGUGAUAGUUUGGCUUCACAGGGACAAACCAAUUUGGAACCAACAAGGCUGCAUCUGGACUUCAGUCUGUGCAACGGAGAAUGGCAAGAAGAGGGUACAGCUUCUCACGACAACUUGUGCUGUGUUGAUGGUGUUUAUCCUGGUUCAUGUUAACGUAACCAGCCCCUUGACACGCCUAGCAUCUUAACACCAGAAGCUGAAUUAACACCAACAUGCCCUCACUCUUUCUUUCUCCCUCUCUCUUUAUCUCUGAAAAAUUAUGCUAAGCAGAGUAAAACUGAAUAAGUCUACGGGGACUCGAACCGACCCUCGAAUGACCUAUAACACUUCCCUACAUGCCUCAUGAUUUAAAGCUUGAUGAGGAUAGCCCAAAGCAUGUGUUUUCAAAGCAUAGAUAACAGACAGACGAACAUUCUCUCACUCACUAAUACUGGUGGAUGCUAAAACUCAUACGUACUGGUUAUCAGUUAACAAUAAUAAAAGUGACCAUACAAAUA